AUGAAUUUUCUUGGUGGUCUCAGAAACAGGUGGACCAUUGCUGUUACGUUUGGAGCCACAGGUAGCACUGUUAUGACCAUGGCAAUAAUUGGAAAAGGCGGUAUCUCGAUUGUUCCAUCUGAAUCUCCCUGGGUAAAAAUUAUUGACGUUUUGUUGGCCGUCCUCCUUUGUACAAUACUAUUCUAUCCAUAUUUUGUCUGCCUCACAACUGAAUACAAGUUCGUUGGUUCUAUCCUUGGCUUUCUUUAUGGUGUGUUGAGGUUUUCUUUCCAACUUGCUACACAGAUACGUUGCCACGUUGCGUAUAAGAAAACAGGAUACUAUGGAAUAAUUUUUCUUAUUUCUAACCUGCCUACAACACUGUGCCUUAUCUUUAUAACAGCGCGAUUUGCUUUCCUUAUUGUUCGACGAGUUAGACAGAUGUGGUCUGUAUCUUCUACAGAGUCAGCUGGAAAGGACUCCUGCUCCCGCUCACUGGCUCAUGAUGCUGACGUUGUUCACGUGAAGUUCAUUUUAGGGCAAAAACUUCCAAUAUACCCGGACAAGACAGAGUGGUAUUGGAAGGUCUUCUACUUUUUUUAUACACCAAGACAAGAUUUCAAGUUCUCCACUCAGUUGAUAUCAACAGUGUUUCUCGUCGGGAUAGUUGUCUUUGAAGUAAGUACUCAGUGUAUCAGAAGAUGCCUUGUCUAUCGAUAUGGAAUUGGAGUUAUUUAUUCUCUGCAUUUUGAUUUGUCUUUGGGGAGAAGUUUGAGUUAUACCGGAUACCAAAUCGCCUAUUCCGUGAUCGGUUUUGUUGUGUUGUCAAAUUUGGGCUUCCUUCUUUCUCUCAUUCUAAGCUUACCAAUUCAUUUCAAGAUAAUACGCGAUUCGAUUUUAUCAAUUGCAAAGGGACUUGUACCAUCGAUAGUGCUGGCUGUCAUAUUAGGAGUGUUCCAGCGCAUGUUCCUAUCUCGAUAUAUCUUUCGUGACAGAGAAUACCCAAAUUUCUCAGUCGUGAUUGACAACAGACGACUGUUCUCUAUCAUGUCGUAUGCGUUUGUGUUCCUCAACGCCAUUGUUGGAUUCCUGUCAGGUCUUCUUCGCAUAGCUAAAGCUAUGAUUCUCGGACUUUUCUUCUUCUCGCGUCUCGACCGAACUGUUUUAAUGCCAGGAUUUCAGAGCUGGGACAAAGGUUUUGUUGCGUAUCUUGGAUUUCUUCAUGUGUUGGUAGCCCACAGACAUCCUGUUGUGUUAAUGUUCUGCCAAUUGCUCAUUGAAAGCAACAAGGCGACAGCUUCGGAGGAGAAACGGCAUUCCAGCAUUUCUGUGCAACCAAACAACGCUGAGGAGCCAAAGCAAGUCACAGGAUUCAAACGCGAAAUCCGCCAUCCACGCCUGUCACAGAGGGUGGUCAACCGCUGGCUUCUUGCUGUAACUCUCCUCCGCAAUCCCACAAUCAUACAGUAUCGUCACCAUUCCUUUUCGGUACCCAUUGAACAAAGUGAGGUCGACACGUCUUCAGUAUCAGUUUUAGUCGAUUCUAUGGUCUAA